UUUUAAGCAAGGAAGUUUGCCGGCGUGGUAGGCAGCUUCGCAUUGGUUUCCAUCGUACGCUCCUGUUUAGCCUUCCCGCUUCUGCGCACCACCACCCGGCCAAAGCUAUUCAUCCUUCCCCUUGUGUCAGUUUGCCCCUUGUGAGCAGCAUGUCUGAUUACGGCGGUAUGUCGACUAACGGAGUCGGCGCUGGGAUGAAAAAAGACGCUUUUGCUGAUGCUGUACAACGAGCUAGACAGAUUGCAGCUAAAAUUGGUGGAGACGGUGUUUCUUCAGUGAGUAACAACGGAGCCACUGAGAGCUAUCCAUACACAGCACAGAAGAGAUCCCUGGAAGAAGGAGAUGAACCUGAUGCAAAGAAGGUAGCAUCACAGAGCGAAAUAGAUUCUUCAUUGUCUAUUGGAGCUCAGCUGGCUGCUCUGUCCCAACAAAGUGUUAGGCCCUCCACAAUUACAGAAGAGUGCAGGGUGCCUGAUGGCAUGGUCGGUCUCAUCAUUGGGCGAGGAGGUGAACAAAUAAACAAAAUACAGCAGGAAUCUGGCUGCAAGGUUCAGAUUGCACAUGACAGUGCUGGCCUUCCUGAAAGAAGUGUUUCUCUGACUGGUUCUCCAGAUGCUGUUGAGAGAGCCAGGGCACUUAUCGAUGACAUAGUGUCACGGGGCCACGAGUCGACCAAUGGGCAGACAGGAUCCAUGCAGGAAAUGAUUAUCCCUGCGGGCAAGGCUGGCCUUAUUAUAGGAAAAGGAGGAGAGACAAUCAAGCAGCUACAGGAGCGGGCUGGAGUUAAAAUGAUACUUAUUCAAGAUGGAUCCCAGCCACCCAACAUUGACAAACCCUUGCGCAUCAUUGGAGACCCCUACAAAGUGCAGCAAGCAAAAGAGAUGGUUAAUGAGAUUCUACGAGAAAGGGAUCACGCAGGUUUUGGAGAACGGAAUGAAUACGGAUCAAGGAUGGGAGGAGGUGGCGGCGGCGGCGGCAUCGAAAUUGCUGUGCCUCGGCAUUCUGUGGGAGUUGUAAUUGGUCGAAAUGGGGAGAUGAUUAAGAAGAUCCAGAGCGAUGCUGGAGUGAAGAUACAGUUUAAACCAGAUGAUGGUACGGGUCCUGAUAAAAUAGCCCAUAUUAUGGGUCCACCAGACCAGUGUCAGCAUGCCGCCUCAAUCAUCACGGACCUGCUACAGAGCAUCCGUGCCCGAGAGGAGGGUGGGCAGGGGGGUCCCCCUGGUGCAGGGAUGCCGCCUGGUGGGCGAGGACGGGGUAGAGGACAGGGGAACUGGGGUCCUCCAGGAGGAGAGAUGACCUUCUCUAUUCCUGCUCAUAAAUGUGGACUUGUCAUCGGAAGAGGGGGUGAGAAUGUGAAGUCCAUCAACCAACAGACCGGUGCAUUUGUGGAGAUAUCUCGUCAGCCUCCGCCAAAUGGUGACCCAAAUUUCAAAUUGUUCACCAUCCGAGGGUCUCCCCAACAGAUUGACCAUGCAAAGCAGCUUAUAGAAGAGAAGAUUGAGGCUCCGUUGUGUCCCGUGGGCGGUGGUCCUGGUCCAGGAGGCCCAGGUGGUGCGAUGGGACCCUAUAAUCCCAACCCUUAUAAUGCAGGGCCUCCUGGUGGUGCUCCUCAUGGAGCUGCCCCUGGUGGACCCCAGUACUGUGCACAGGGUUGGGGAAGUACCUAUCAGCAAUGGCAAGCUCCAGGUCCACAUGACCCCAGUAAGGCAGCAGCAGACCCGAAUGCAGCAUGGGCAGCCUACUAUGCACAGUAUUACAACCAACAGCCAGGGGGUGCCAUGGCGGCCCAGGCUCCAGGAGCCGCUGCAGCGGCACCAGGGGACCAGAGCCAAGCAGCACAGACCUCUGGAGGCCAACCAGACUACACUAAAGCUUGGGAGGAGUACUACAGAAAGAUGGGCAUGACCCAGCCAGCUGGAGGGGCAGCAACUGCUCCAGGUGCAGCAGCUGCCACAGCAACAGCAGGAGCUGCAGCUGGAGGCCAGCAGGACUACAGUGCAGCCUGGGCUGAGUACUAUAGACAGCAGGCUGCCUACUAUGGACAGGGAGGACAGGCGCCUGGACAAGCAGCUGCUCCACAGCAGGGACAGGCGCAGUAAACAGUUUGCUCGACCUGUUCAACGGUUCCGAUGGUUCCUCUGGAUUUGUUUCUUUUUUUUCUAUCAAGAGAUUUUCUUUUUGGCUUUAAAUAAGACAAGACUGUGGUUUACUCAUCCACCCAGACAUUUUCUAUUCCAACAUUCUUGUUUGUUUGGGUUUUUUUUUUUUUAAACAACAAAAUUGGAGAAAGGGAAGACAUGUUGCCCAUGCAUUGAGAAAAGCACUAUAAAUUACUUGGGUUGCAAUUCAGUUUGCCCCUAAAUCAAUUCUCACCUGAACCACACCUUGUUAUACAUCUGAUCUCUUUUUUGUUUGUUUUUUAAAAUGUGAAAUAACAAGUAUCUUUGCUUACAAGCUCGCACAACAGUAUCUCAACACUGAUGGAUGUUCAUGCAGUUUUUCCCCUAUUGAUUUCCUGAGGGUAAAAAACAGUCUAGCAGUAUUUUGAAUAUAUUCAGAAAUUAUGUUUGUAAGAAAAAAAAAUACAGAAAUGUUGGUCCUUUUUUUUUUCUUUUUUUUCUUUUUUUUCCUUGUUCUUGGUACCUUUUUUAACUUCAUUUUUAAAAACAUUCCUAGUGUUUAAAUUGCAGGUGUAUUUCUUCCUGCUGUUAUGAUUUCAUAGUUUUAAUUUUAUUCAUUGUAAUUAUUUUCUUUAUGGGGGCCGUGUGGGUCUGUAUACAGUGAAUGCUACUGAACAGAAAGUGUGUAAGUUGGCUGUAAUAAGGUAGUAACUCACCUACAGUAUGUGGGUUGGUUGAGUGUGUCUGUAUGUGUUUGUGUGCUUGAUUUGCCCUCUGUUUUAAUUACUUGAUUGUUUUGUGUUUUUUGUUUUUUGUUUUUUUUUUUGUUGUUCCAAUAGGUUCAAUUACUGUAUGCUGAUUUUUUUAAUGUUAUUUUUUUACAGCUUGUUUUUAAAUACUAAAAUAAAAACAUUCAUAUUUACA